GUAGCCGGCAAGCUGCAUCACUCUUCGCCACAGAGGUUUGACUACAGUCAGAAGAAACAGAAAAAGUUUCACAGCUGGCGGGCGACGCUCCUGAGCCGUCGGAGUAGCAACCUGCAAACUAAUCCGAGUCCUGUUCUGAGCGAGUGUCUGCUGACAGAGAGAGGGAGGGAGCGGGUUACCACUGUCAGGUUGCAAAAGGUGUCUCCAGACUUCAGACAUUACUCCUGUCAAACACGCUGCCUGGAGUGAAGCCUUCAAAGUAAAACCCUGACAAAAGAGGAACAACUUCCUGUGACAAACUUGCAGAAAAUUAAAAUGGCUGACCGUUUCGACUGUGACAAUUGCAAAGAAUCCCUGUACGGCCGCAAGUACAUCCAGUCAGAUGACAGCCCCUACUGCAUCCCGUGUUACGACAGCCUGUUUUCAAAUACAUGUGAUGAGUGCAAGGAACUGAUUGGCCAUGAUGCAAGGGAGCUUUUCUAUGAGGACCGGCAUUAUCACGAGCACUGCUUCCGCUGUUUCCGCUGCGAUCGCUCAUUGGCAGAUGAACCCUUCACCAGCCAGGAUGACGCGUUGCUCUGCAAUGACUGCUACUGUAAUGAGUUCUCCUCCAAAUGUGUAGCCUGCGACAAGGUUGUGAUGCCAGGUACGAGGAAGUUGGAAUAUGCAGGCUCUACGUGGCACGAGGGCUGCUUCAUCUGUCACAGCUGCGAACAGCCGAUUGGUUCGAAGUCCUUCAUCCCUGACAAGGAUGAACACUACUGUGUGCCCUGCUACGAGGAUAAGUUUGCUCCACGCUGCACACGCUGUAAAAAGACCCUGGCUAAAGGUGGUGUGACCUAUCGGGAUGAGCCAUGGCAUAAGGAGUGUUUUGUGUGCACCAGCUGUAAGACACAGCUGGCAGGCCAACACUUCACCUCCCGAGACGACAGCCCUUACUGCCUCAACUGCUUUGGCAGCCUGUAUGCCAAGAAGUGCGAGGCCUGCAGCAAACCCAUCACAGGUUUUGGAGGAGGAAAAUACAUCUCAUUUGAGGAUCGUCAGUGGCAUCAGCCAUGCUUCACCUGCUCCCAGUGCUCUGUUUCACUGGUGGGCGCCGGCUUCUUCCCUGAUGGUGAAAGGAUCCUGUGCCGCGACUGCCACAGCAACCUAUAGAGCAGUCAUUCACAGUAUUCUAACCCUUCCCUUGAUUUACCAUUAGCCCUUUGUCACAGCAUUUCAAGAACCCCAGGUCAUUACCAAGGAAGAUAACACAGGCUAACAAAUGCUUUCUCUCAGGUCAUUUUUAUAUAAAGACAUCAGUUCCUGUUGUCAGAUUUUCAUCCAGGAACUAGUGCGUAAAAUCCUGUGUUGAUGCUGUAUUGUUUGCAUGAACCACCACAAAGAUUUCCUCUUUAACCAAAAACAAAACUUCAUGGAGUGCCUUAAGAAUAUAAUUUCUAAUAUGUUAUGUACUAUAAAACCAAAGAAACGCAAAAUGCUAGUCACUUUGCAAAAAAUUCCUGCAUAUUUUAUAUAUAAAUAAGUUGCCACUUCAGGUAGACGUCAGGCUCUGAAGAGAGGACACAGAACACUGAUACAGGACAGAGUAUAAACCUUACAGUCUGUAUUUUGAUUUUAUUUUGACUUAUUUUUGAAAGUAUGGUGGAGUUACUGUUUUAAAUGCUCUUAUAACUGCAGUUUUAUGCAUUUUGAAUGUUGCUUUGUCAGUUAUCUUUCUAUAAUGUAUGUCUUGCUUUAUACAUCUUGAACAGUUUACUGUAUAUAAUGACAUAGAAGGAGGCGUGACACUGUUAAAAAAGUGGCAAAAGAUUAGACCAAUUUACAAAACUGAAACGUGUCAAAGUUAAAAUGAGAAAAAAAAUUGAAAAAAAAAAUGAUUAUGCUUUCAGUGAGGCAGUCAGUCUAUGAUAGUCAUUUGCACUUUGGAUAAGAUAGUCUCUUGCUACCAUGUUAUGUGCACAUAAAAACACACUUCAAAGACAUGGCGCAAGACACACAAAUCCCUUGUAAUGUUAUGUAUCUGCUUGCGGAACUUUGCAUUGACACUUAUUUUAAUGUUUCAUCAUCUUUUUCAUUUGUUGUAAUGAAUCUUUUUAUCAUCUUUGCUCAAAGAGCCAGCAUUUAUAACCCAAAAGAAGCUGCAAUGAAAUGUGUUACCAUUUUGUAUUGGAGGAGUAUGCAUGUCUUUAUCUGCCAUAAUUUGCCACAGUAAUUGUUUUCUUACUGUUAAUGCUGUUGUUGUUUUGUUUUUUGUUUUUUGUUUUUGUUUUUUUGUUAGUUUUUAACUUGUAUGUGAAAAAUUAUAAAAAAAAAAGAAAAACAAUCAAACCUAUAAUUCAUUAUUUCAGCUUUGAUGCUGGUGAGUCAGAGUUGGCAAAUAUACAUUUUCAGAUGAAAAAGAGGCCAUCGAGGCAAUAACAG